AUGAGGAGCAAAGUCUCUCAUGACACCCUCUACGAGGUGGUGCAGGAAGUCCUGCAUGGAAACCAGCGCACACGCAGAAAGUUUUUGGAGACGGUAGAACUGCAGAUCAGGUUGAAGAACUGUGACCCUCGGAAGGACAAGCGCUUCUCGGGGACCCUCAGGCUUAAGUCCACCCCACGCCCCAAGUUCUCACUGGCCCAGAAGUAUGAUGCCUUUUUGGCCUCUGAAUCCCUGAUCAAGCAGAUCCCGAGAAUUCUAGGUCCAGGGCUAAAUAAGGCUGGCAAUUUCCCUUCUCUGCUGAUCUGCGAUGAGAACGUGGUGGCAAAAGUAGACGGGGUGAAGUCCACCAUCAAAUUCCAGAUGAAAAAUGUCCCGUGUCUGGCAGUGGCUGUUGGCCAUGUGAAGAUGACAGAUGAUGAACUUGUUUAUAACAUCUACCUGGCUGUCAACUUUCUGGUUUCACUGCUAAAGAAGAAAUGGCAGAAUGUUCGAGCUUUGUACAUCAAGAGCACCAUGGGCAAGCCCCAGCAUCUGUACUAA